UGUCGGCAAAGGAGAGCCUAGCGCCAUGACCGAAGGGCAGGCAGUCCCGGGAGCCGGAGACUGGGAGAUCGACGUGGAGAGCCUAGAGCUGGAGGAGUAUGGCUGUGGGGCUCCUCUGCGUGCCACGCCUCAGGGAGCAAGUCCAUCAGCGGCUGAUAGGGACGUCGAGGAGGACGACGACGAAGACGAGGAGGAUGAAGACGCAGAGGACGAGGGUGACGGCGAGGAGCCGGGAGCGUCCCCGGAGGUGCCGGGCCGGCCAGAGCAGCCUCUCAAGGGCCACAAGCGCUUCUGUCGCUGGCGGGACUGCCAAUGCGCUAACUGCCUGCUCGUGGUGGAGCGCCAGCGUGUCAUGGCCGCCCAGGUGGCGCUCCGGAGGCAGCAGGCUACCGAGGACAAGAAGGGGCUUUCCGGGAAACAGAAUAAUUUCGAGCGGAAAGCAGUGUACCAGAGGCAAGUCAGGGCGCCAAGUUUGCUGGCCAAAAGCAUUUUAGAAGGCUAUCGCCCAAUAACAGCUGAGACUUACCUUGGAGGGACCCUUCCUCUACCUCCACCUGUCAGUGACAGGAUGAGGAAGAGAAGAGCCUUUGCUGACAAGGAGCUGGAGAACAUUAUGCUGGAGAGAGAAUAUAAAGAGAGGGAGAUGUUGGAAACUUCUCAAGCUGCUGCCUUGUUCCUUCCCAACCGUAUGGUGCCGGGACCUGAAUACAAUUCCUACAAAAGUGCCUACAGUCCCACCGCAGGGGAGCUGCCAAGCAAGGACUUUUGUAAUUUUUUACCAACCUGCCUUGAUCUCACCAUGCAGUAUUCAGGAUCAGGGAAUAUGGAACUGAUUUCUUCUAACGUCAGUGUGGCCACGACUUACAGACAAUAUCCCCUGUCCUCACGAUUUUUAGUUUGGCCCAAAUGUGGUCCCAUUGCUGACACCCUUCUCUACCAGCAAUACCUUUUAAAUGCUACCACUUCUGUUCAAGCCCUGAAGCCUGGGGCCAGCUGGGACUUGAAAGGAACCCGAGUUCAGGAUGGCCUUAGUGCAGAACACGACAUGAUGCCACCCAAACCGGAAGGCUCUCUGGUGCUGCCUCAUCUACCUGAGGUCCCAACCUCAAGAACUGACCUUCAGGCUCACCAGGUUGUCCCUGAGAGGUCGGCCUUCUCCCCACCCAGGCGGAAUUUCUCUCCCAUCGAUAUGGACUGCCUGGCAGCUCAAGGGCAUGUCUUAACCAAGAUCAGCAAAGAAAACACCAGGCACCCUCUGCCUCUUAAACAUAAUCCAUUCCAAUCAGUGUUCCAGCAGACGCUCAAUGACAAAUCAGGCCUUGAGUUGAAAACACCAUUUGUCAAAGAAGCCUUUGAAGAGACCCCAAAGAAACACAGAGAGUGUUUGGUCAAGGAGAGCCAGAAGUACACAUUUACCAUAGACAGAUGUGCAAAAGACCUCUUCGUAACCAAACAAGUUGGAACAAAACUCUCGGCGAAUGAGCCGCUGUCAUUUUCUGUUGAAUCUAUUCUUAAGAGGCCUUCGUCUGCCAUCACUCAUGUCUCUCAGUGAAAGGCUGCUUACAUGGAAAGCUGGAUUUCCUACAGUCUCAGAGGGCUCUUUGCAGAUGCCUUUUCUGUUUUUAAAGUUAAGAUGUUUGAAUCCAUUUCUAAUGUAAAUGCCGGUUCCUACAAUCCUAUAUAUUUCCUCUGCAUGUAUCUUUUCUUAUCACAUGAGUCUAUUUAAAGAUGGAAACUGCUUACUAUGCAAACUGUAAGGUUCCAUGCUUUACACAGUACUCCAAAAAGCAAUAAAAAUAACAGCAUCUUCUGAA